GUCCGUAGAAGGGGUUACACCAGAAUAAUUGUUUGCCUUUGUAUCUGGGAAAGUAUUAACUGUGUGCAUGUGUGCACCAGUAAAUCAUUAACUUUCUGGCUUUUGUUUUGGAACAACAGGAAGGGAAGCAGGCUGCCAGCUAGGCUGAGACCUUGCAGACAGAGCGGGUGAGGAAAAUGAAACUCCCGAUUUUCAUAGCAGAUGCCUUCACGGCCACAGCUUUCAGGGGCAAUCCUGCUGCUGUCUGCCUCCUGGAAAAUACACUGGCUGAAGAUGCCCAUCAACAAAUUGCAAGGGAAAUGAACCUCUCCGAAACGGCUUUCAUCAGGAAACUGCAACCAAGUGACAACUUCACACAAAGUUCCUGCUUUGGACUAAGGUGGUUUACACCAGUGAAUGAGGUUCCUCUGUGUGGCCACGCCACCCUGGCCUCUGCGGCUGUGCUGUUUCACAAAAUAAAGAACACGAACAGCACUCUAACCUUUGCCACCAUGAGUGGGGAACUAAGGGCCAGAAGAGCAGAGGACGGGAUUGUCCUGGACUUUCCUCUCUACCCAGCCUUCCCCCAGGACUUCCGUGAAGUGGAAGACUUGAUAAAGGCAGCCAUAGGUGACACCCUGGUCCAGGAUAUCCGCUACUCUCCAGAUACCCGAAAACUCCUAGUCCGACUCAGCGACUCUUACAACAGGUCCUUUCUAGAGACCCUAAAGGUGAACACAGAGCCUCUGCCUCAAAUUGAAAAGACAGGGAAGGUGAAAGGACUCAUUCUUACUCUCAGAGGAGAGCCUGAGGGGCAGACACCCCAAUAUGACUUCUACUCCCGGUACUUUGCACCGUGGGUUGGUUUGCCUGAAGACCCGGUAACAGGAUCAGCGCAUACUGUUCUCAGCAGUUACUGGUCCCAGCAGCUUGGGAAGAAAGAGAUGCGAGCCUUUCAGUGUUCCCGCCGAGGAGGGGAACUGGACAUUUCCCUGCGGCCUGAUGGACGAGUUGACAUGAAGGGUGGCGCUGCUAUUGUCUUAGAGGGCACGCUGACAGUCUAGAGACACUUGUGCUGGGCUGUGGCCACUGCUGAUCACAGUGUUUUCUCCAUACCAAAACCAAAACCCAGCCCAAACCAACGACAAAUUCCCAGAGCUUGCUUCAGCAAGCCCACCGAGCAGUGCCCUCAACCCUCGUGUGAAGACCAGAAAGGGAAGGCAGCGGAUGGAGGUGAGACCGCAUCUCCAGACUCCUCAGCUGGUGAAGGGCUCUGGCCUCUGCCUGUGUGUCUUCAGGAACUCGGCAGGGAGUGACAGGGAUCCAUGCUGUCACUUCUUUUUGUUUCGUUUUGGUUUUGGUUUUCAAGACUGGGUUUCUCUGCAUAGGUUUGGACCCUAAAACUAACUCUUGUAGACCAGGCUGGUCUCAAACUCACAGAGAUCCUACUGCCUCUGCCUCCCAAAUGUAGGGAUUAAAAGGCGUGCACCAUCAACGCCUGGGCACUGUCACUUCUUUUGAUUAUGACUGCCAACCAAAGUGAGAAAUCCAUUGAUAAGGAGCCAGCCGAGGCCCCUUAAAUUUGGAGGCCAUACCUGACAGAGUAUUUCACAGCUGUUCAUAAGAAUUAGUAGCUUGUGGAAAUGCAGUGUUGAUAAUUUUUGGUUGUGAGCCUAGCCUUUAACGACUGAGCUAUCCCUCCAGCCCUGCAGUGUUGAUAAAAUCCCUUCCCUGUGGGCGUGGACCACAUAAACAUUUCCUUCCCAUCCUCUGAGUUUCCAAAGACAAACUGAGGUACAAUGCCACCAAGUUCCCCCAGGGCACCGCUUAGCUAUUGGGUGUGCUCCCCUGAAAUGUAGUACCCAGAAACGCUUUUAUCUAGCAACGCUGAUGACUUUCCUGUAGCAGCAUAGAUGGAGCCCUAUGCCCUCAGUCGUUGCUGGCCUAUAUCCCCUAGCCUCUUGCGGGGCUACGUGCGAUUAGGGCAACAUUAGGCUAGAUACCCAGGUGAGGGUCCCAUGACCUCCCCACCCCUCUAAGUGAAGGAACCCAGCUGGGAUGGUCAUGUGUAAAUGAGACAGCUGAACUCCUGAAGAUUGCAGUUUGCUUGGCUCAGAGUACCAUCCUGAGUGACACGCAGGAAAACAUCUCACGAUGUAAUAACACUAAGACGAAUAGACUGAAAACUGUUAGGGAGGCCGUCCUGAGACAGUGGGGUAUUUGGAUCAGUAUGAGCUGUGAAGAUAGCAAAAUGAAACAGUUCAUGUUGGGGGACAAUGCAAUUUCAGUGUAGCUAAAACAAACAAAACCAGUGAUUUGGGGGCUAGCAAGAUGUCUGAGUAGCUAAAACACUUGCCGUGGAGGCCGACAACCUGAGUUCGAUUCCUGGGACCCACACAGUAGAAGCAGAACCAACCCCUGCAUGUUGUCCUCUGACUUACACACACAUAGGUGCUGUAGAAGGCAUACACCCACGUGUAUACAAAAACAAACAUGCAAUAAAAAUAAUUUUCUUUA